AUGCAUCUUUCUACGAUCAUUGCGGCUUUGGCCCCCGCCAGCCUUAUCUCGGGUUAUAUAACCAUCCACAGCAAGCAGUACUGCGGUGAAUCCCCUCGCGUCGAAGUCACAAAGUGGGGCGGAAAUUUGAACUCUUGCUACAACAUGGAUGGUGCGGCUGCGAUCCAAUUCACCGAGGUCGGACAACCCUACUCAUGGGUGUGCAAUGCCUACACCAGUUCCAACUGCCAGGGCAAAAUCGUAGCCUUUUCCAGCUACACUGAGAACUCGGAAUGCAACAACAGUCCAAUCGGUUGGCUUUACUCUUACAAGUGCUACAUUAAGUAA